AUGCCGGUGACGGACAACCAAGGUUCGUUCCUGAACCGAAUAAGCAUUCGCCGGAAUCAGGUAGUCUCCAUGGACGGCAAUCACGAGCAAGAGCUCGAAGAUAUCGAACUCUUCCAAAAACACAUCGUCGAACGCUUUUCCGAUCUCCUACCCUCCUCCACCCCCCACACUGACGCCGAUCCUUCUGUAGACUCCACCAUAUCCGAUACCCUCCUUUCCAUUUCAUGGUUCCGCAAACUCCUAGAUGCGUUUCUCUGCUGUGAAGCGGAGUUCAAGGCCGUCCUCAUCAUGGGUCGCGACCCAUCGCAGUUUUCGAAGCCCCCUCUCGAUCGUCUAAUCCCUGAACUCCUCGACCGUACCAUCAAAGCCCUCGAUGUCUGCAAUGCCAUUACUCACGGCGUUGAACUUGUCCGUCAGUGGCAAAAGCUGGCCCAAAUCGUCGUAUCGUCCUUUGAUCAACAACCAAUCGGAGAAGGCCAAGUCCGACGCGCCAAAAAAGCCUUGAACACAUUACUCACCUCCAUGAUGUUCGAUGAUAGAGAGAGCUCCCAUGGUAAGUCGACGGAGCGAACUUGGUCGUUUGGGCGGCGAGGUGGUGGCGCCGCCGUGAAUUUGAAAGAUCGUGCGGUCGGAAAUUUCCGGCCAUUGUCGUUGUCAGUGGCUAAAUCUUGGUCCGCCGCUAAACAGAUUCAGGCGAUUUCAGCCAAUUUGGUGGCUCCACGUGGAGGUGAGGCUACCGGGUUAGCUUUGCCGGUUUAUACUAUGAGCACUGUGUUGGUGUUUGUGAUGUGGGCUUUGGUGGCGGCGAUUCCUUGUCAGGAACGAAUUGGGCUGGCGACCCAUUUUCCGGUGCCGAGACAAUUGAGCUGGGCCCAGGCGGUGAUUGGACUGCAGGAGAAGAUAGGGGAGGAGUGGAAGAAGAAGGAGAAGAGAGGGACAGCAGGGUUGUUGGAGGAGGUGCAUAGGAUGGAGAAGGUGGCAGUGUCGUUGUCGGAUUUUACGGAGGUGUUUCAGUUUCCGGUGGAGGCGGAGAAGGCUGACGAGGUGGCGGUGCUGGUGGCGGAAUUGGCGGAGAUUUGUUCUAAGAUGGAGGAAGGGUUAGUGCCACUCCAGCAACAGGUUAGGGAGGUGUUUCAUAGGAUUGUGAGGAGCAGGGCUGAGGUUCUUGAUGUAGUUGAUCAAGUUGGUAAGUUAUCAACACCAGUUCCAUAUUGAGACUCCAAAAGAUACAUGAAUUUAGAUUGCAGUUGUAAUUGUCCAAACAAUGUUGUUUGUCCCAUUUAGAUCAAUGGGUCUGAAUUUUUUCUCCCUUUUUGUUAUUGGUUUUUCCUGCCCUUUUUUAGAACAGUUCCAAAUCUUGAAGGGGUAGAGAAUUUUUUUAUUUUCAAUUUGUGGGGGAUAUUGUUAUGAUACCAGGUUUAAUGCAUCCGCUGCAUAAACCAACACAUUAUGGGUCUCUUUUUAGGGGGUAUGGUUCAGGCUGUAACCUGUUGAUGAAGCAUUCACUGGUUUCUGUGAAAUGUGCUCUC